CGAAAUAUGACCUUCCUUUUUGCCUGGGUGUGCGAGCUUUUACAAAGCCUUGAGAACGAUCUCAAGCGCCGCCGAGGCAGGCGAGGAGAGCACGCCAUCGUUGACGACUGGUUUGCGCGAUACCGCCAGGAGCUGGACCAUGACCUCACUGACAAGUGUGCUCUGUUGUCCACGUUGCUCCCUGAGAGGCGCACAGAUCGGGUAUUCGGCAUCAAGGAAAAGACUCUCCAACCCAAGAUUGCGCGGGCAUGUAGACUCGGUCACUCGAGGGUCAAGGACUUGAGCAGAUGGACGGUCCCUGGGUCCAAUCUUGACCUUGCCGAGUGCGCAGAGGCGAUCCUGGAGCAAACUCCAAACGUGCGAAAUCCCGCCGUUACGGUCGAAGAGAUCGAUGCUCUCCUCCAUGCCUUGGCAGCCAAGAACUCGUUCAGUGCCCCGUCGGUGAGGGCUUCGGCCAAGCCGCCCACCGACGUCCCUGGUUCGAAGGAUGGGGCCCUUGAAACAUUGUUGCGCAGGCUUACCGCAAGAGAGAUGAAAUGGGCCACGAGAUUAAUACUCAAAAGCUUCCUGCCGGUCAUUGUCCCGGAAUGGCCAGUGUAUGCUCGAUGCCAUCGCCUACUGCCUACCAUUAUGAAAAUACACGAUGACUUUACCGUUGCAACUCGGUUACUGGAGCAGGAACGCAGCCGCGUUACCUUUGGAGAUGUUGAAGUCGAAGACCUACCGAGAUUCCUCAAACCUCAGAUUGGCGCCAAAGUCGGCCGUCAAACCUGGCUCAAGGGCCGCAGCAUAAAGCACUGUCUGGAGAUGGGCAAGGGCUUCAUGAGUGUCGAGGAAAAGAUGGACGGGGAAUAUUGCCAGAUCCACGUUGACCUCUCCAAGGGCUCGAACUGCAUACAAAUAUUCUCCAAGAGUGGAAAGGAUAGCACCCAAGAUAAGAAAAAGCUGCACAGUGCCAUCAAAAGUUCUUUGGGGCUGGGCACUCCCUCCUGCAAGAUCAAACACUGCUGUAUUCUUGAGGGUGAAGUUGUCGUGUAUAGCGACAGGGAGCAGAGGAUCCUAGGUUUUGACAAACUACGGAAGCAUAUUAGCAGGUCAGGAAGAUUUAUCGGCGCCGAGGAGGACAGUCAGGCCCACAACUGGGAGCACCUGAUGAUCGUCUAUUACGAUAUCCUGCGAGUGGACGACGAGUCGCUUCUCAACGUUCGGCACUCCGCAAGGUUUUCCCGGCUCUCCAAAUUGGUGCAGUGUCGGACUGGGCGGGCGACACUCGUCCAGAGGCAGAUCAUCAAUUUUUCCUCGCAGGUCGCUGCGGAAGACCUGAAAGCUGCCUUUGCCUCUUCCAUCGUCAAGCGGCAGGAAGGUCUUGUGCUCAAGCCUGAUGAGCCAUACUUCAGCUUCGGCCUCAGCAAGCGGAGGUAUGCGUCCUGCUGUGUGAAGCUUAAAAAGGGAUACAUCAAGGGGAUGGGGGAGGUUGGCGACCUAGCUGUGGUAAGCGGCCGCUACUGCCCUACUAGAGCCAAGAUGCUGAAUAUGCCGACGGUCAAAUACACCCAUUUUUAUCUUGGUUGCUCCACGAACAAAGAGGCUGUCGAACGCUGGGACGCUAGGCCUGAGUUCACGAUAGUGAACGAGGUCGAGGCCAGUGCCACGAUAAUGGACGCCUUACGGAGGACCUGGCUCAUGGAGACGGUACCCUUAGACGACGACAAGGCACCGAUACUCAACAUACCAGCCGGUAUUUCUCAAGGUAGAAAGAUCACCACGGUCUUUACGGAGCCGGCAGUCUUCGAGAUGACUUGCUUCUCCUUCCACAAGGAAUCCAACACGCGGUUUUGGAGCCUUCGAUUCCCCUACGUAUCAAAGAUUCACUCUGACAGGACCUUCACGGAUUGUCUUACCUUCCAAGAGCUACAAGCACUAGCAGAGGAAGAGGUGAAUUGUCCAGAGAGGGAAGAUAGCCAAGAGCUGACUCGUUGGAUUGAAGCCUUGGAGAGAGCCGAACCAAACAGGCAGAAGGCGGCUUUGCGAGAAAGCCAGUGGUCGGAGACGACAGCGAGCACAUCAGACUCUCAGACCAGGACGCCGCAACGCGACGUCGAACAGUCUCCAGUCAUGCCAGCUCAAACCAGAGACAUCACUGCCGUCGAGCCUGGGCUGCCGACGCCUCCCACAUCGUCUGCUGUCCAAGAGGGCUCCAGCUCGGCUGAGACACGGCCCACUCGCCAGUCACCUCGCAAGAGACACAUAGAGCCACUAUCAGGUUCUCCGCGACCUGUCAAAUCUAGGAGAAAGGAGCCAGACGUCAUCGACCUGACAUCUCCAACAAUGUCUAACAGUCUGCGCAGCGAGCGCCAGCCGCUCGAGGACAUCACGUCUGCUCCAUCAUCCCAAGUAAACAUCUCCACGCCGGGUGGUGGGUUAGAGCGUGGAUCAAAAGACGUCACCAGCCCUAGGCUUCCUCGAGCAACAGCUCCGACACCGUCUCACCAAAGCCCUACCCGAGAUCAGCGGUCCCCGGUCGCAUCGUGCGGGUAUGCCGGUGGUUUCUGCGCCUUGGCGAACGCCCACGUGCUUCUCUCCCCCUGCAUCGCCAACAUGCCCCUGCUCACGGAGGACCUCCUACCAGCCCAUGGGGUGCGCAGCAUCUUCACCGACAUCGCGUCAUGGGUAGCUUCCCACCAGGCGGCCCCAGCCGCCGACGCCACCAGGAGGAGACCCCGGCGGCUCGUGCUCGUGGAACGCCACCGCAGCGAGGCCACGAGCGCGUUCUUGCGGGAGCUCGAGGCCAGGCCGUCGCGCGGGCGUGGUGGGCGGGCGGGAGCGGUCCUUGUGUAUGACUGGCGGCUCUUGGAGGCGAUCACGCAGGAGGAGAGGAGAUACCAGAGGGGCGGUGAUGGUGGUACGAGGCAGACGCGGAGGACGGGCGCCAACGAGGAAGAGGUUUGGAGGAGGUAUUAUUUUGGGUGCAUUGUUGAGAGCAGGGAUGGAUAGAAUUGGGAGCGGGAGUUAUCUACAUCUGAAAGGGGUUUGGGAAGCAUAAGCAUGGGUUAGACAUGGGCAUUUUGCAUUUCCUCGCAAGAGGACGGGGACGUGCCUGGCGAUGAUUUAUUAGCAUGGCUGGACAUAGCAUAUCGAUAUCCACGGGACUGGUGAACAGAACAUAGAAUAGGGAGUGCUUGGGACAGUUUAGAAUGAUCAGUGCUCACACGGUCAA